AUGGCUUCCAAUUUGGUACAAUCCCAAAUUCCGCUGCUGAAAACAGAAAAUUAUGAGAAAUGGUGCAUCCAAUUCAAAGCAUUGUUUGGAUCACAAGAUCUUUUGGAAAUUGUACAAAGUGGGUAUGAUGAGCAUACUCUAGAGCAAGAAGCCACAUACAGUGCAGAGCAGAAGUCCACUCUCAAAGAUCAAAGAAAGAGAGACAAGAAGGCGUUGUAUUUUCUAUAUCAAGGAUUAGAUGAUUCAACGUUCGAGAAGAUCGCCGAAGUGAAAACAAGCAAGGAAGUAUGGGACGCCUUAAGUAUAAUUUUCAAAGGUGUAGAUCGAGUGAAGAGAGUCUGUCUUCAGUCACAAAGGGCAGAUUUUGAAUCUGCUCAAAUGAGUGAGGGAGAAAAUGUUUCGGACUACUAUUCGCGGUUACGUAUAAUCGUGAAUGAAAUGAAGAGAAAUGGAGAGAAAAUUGAUGAAGUUCAUGAGCAUGUGGUGACAUCAAUUGAGGAAUCAAAGGACUUGGAGAUUAUGAGUACAGAGGAGCUGCUGGGAUCUAUCCGAGUUCAUGAGCAACGCAUUCAGAAGAAUGCAAGUUCUACAUAG